AUGCAGAAAGAUCAGCCUGGAUGGCAGGAAAAUGUUGCAGAUAGAACUCUUCACACAGAGGGUGGUGACGCACUGAACAGGUUGCCCAAGGAGGCUGUGGGUGCCCCAUCCCUGGAGGCGUUCAAGGCCAGGCUGGAUGUGGCUCUAGGCAACCUGGUCUGGUGAUUGGUGACGCUGCACAUAGCAGGGAGGUUGAAAAUAGGUGAUCUUUGAGGUCCUUUUCAACUCAGGCCAUUCUAUGAUAGAAGGGCAGGCCCGUGAGAAAGAAUUGGCCAAUGUAAUGGUGAAGUUAAGCAGGGCUUGGUUAGAUUUAACCCAGUAAGCUUGUAGUGUGAAGACUCAGCCAGCGUAAGGAAGAGACAAAAUGUUUGCUGACAUUGUUUGCACCGAAACCAGAAUUUGAAAGUUUUUUCCUUACUGUUGAGGAACAGUGAUAUACUGAACUUGGCAUUUUUGGUGCUCUCUGGUGUCCCAUGGCCAUCUCUUUCUGGCCUGGGAUGCAGCUGUGUGUUUUGGGUUUGCUGCAAGUCUUUGCCAGAAAUUCUUGUUAAGGAUGCAGCUCCAUUUGAAAAUGCCUUCUUGAGAAGGUCACAGCACUAGUGCAGAUAAAGGAUGUGUCAGCAGAAACAGAUUUUAUUGUGCCUUGAUUUGGAAGGAUGGCCUUGUUACUUCAGUGCUGAAAUAGAGUAGUGUCCAUUGGCAGAGGCUGUGCAGUGUAGGCUGGCCCUUGUGGUUAAUCUGGAGCUAAAUCAGUAAUUUGGAAAGGCAGCUUCUUUCAAAAAGAGGAGCAUUUCCCUCUUGCCUCCUGGGAUCUGGCUUCUCACAGCUGUGUAAGCAGCUCUGCAGAGCUGCGUUGUUAGCAGUGCGGUGAUGUCCAAGUAGGCAAAAGUUUUGUUUGGUUUUAACCUCUUAUUGCAAAGCACCAAAACCAAAGCAACUGCUUUGUUUCCCAAUUUCCGAUUGUUCUUCACUACAAAUAUCUUAAACCUACUUGAGUAACUGCAGUCUGGAGUUCUCUGUGGAGGCUGCAUUGCUCUCAUUUACCUUGUUUGUGUUAUUGCUCACAUCUCAAGAAGUGUUGGGAUGUUUUUCCUCAUUGUGCGUUAUGCAGUGACAUCUGAGAUGACUCAUUGGGAUUGUGCUCCUGAAGUGACGUGGAAAAGCAGAUUCUAAAUUUGUCUAUGACAGACAUACAACAUCAAGCACAGCACAGUGGCGCUUGUUUGUAUGCAUGGAGUCAAGCUGUUCAAAGCUGAAUUAGAACGAAGUUGAAUUAUAAUCCUCCAAAGGAUGAUGGCUCAACGUACAAGAUUGAACUUGAAGGGAUAUCUGUUGAUAUCAUGAAAGAGAUACUAGAUUACAUCUUCAGUGGGCAGAUCAGGCUAAAUGAAGAAACUAUCCAAGAUGUGGUACAGGCAGCUGAUCUCCUGCUGCUUACAGACUUAAAAACUCUCUGCUGUGAGUUUUUAGAAGGUUGCAUAGCUGCUGAGAACUGUAUUGGUAUUCGGGACUUUGCACUGCACUAUUGUUUGCAUCAUGUUCACUACCUUGCCUCAGAGUAUCUGGAAACUCAUUUUCGAGAUGUCAGCAGCACAGAGGAAUUCUUGGAACUGACUCCUCAAAAACUGAAAGAAGUGCUGUCGAUGGAAAAGCUCAAUGUUGGAAAUGAAAGAUACGUCUUUGAAGCAGUGAUUAGGUGGAUUUCUCAUGAUUCAGAAUCGAGAAAGGUUCACAUGAAGGAUGUCAUGUCAGCAGUGUGGGUUUCAGGCUUAGAUGCGGCGUAUUUACGUGAGCAGAUGAUGAGCGAACCGCUGGUACGGGAGAUUGUUAAAGAGUGCAACAAUAUCCCACUCACACCACCUCAGCAGGGAGAGGCCAUGCUGGCCUCCUUCAAGCCCCGUGGCUACUCGGAGUGCAUCGUGACUGUCGGUGGAGAAGAAAGAGUAUCCCGGAAACCAACCUCAGUGAUGCGGUGUAUGUGUCCUCUUUAUGAUCCCAAUAGACAGCUCUGGAUUGAACUUGCUCCUAUGAGUAUUCCAAGGAUCAAUCAUGGAGUAUUGUCAGCAGAAGGAUUUUUAUUUGUGCUCGGUGGUCAGGAUGAAAACAAGGGAACGCUGAGCUCUGGAGAGAAAUACGACCCAGACACCAAUUCCUGGAGUUCCUUGCCACCAAUGAAUGAGGCACGACAUAAUUUUGGUGUGGUGGAGAUUGAUGGAAUUCUGUAUAUUCUGGGAGGUGAGGAUGGUGAAAGGGAACUAAUCUCUAUGGAGACUUAUGAUAUUUAUAACCGUACCUGGACCAAGCAGCCAGACUUGACCAUGGUUAGAAAGAUUGGCUGCUAUGCAGCUAUGAAGAAGAAAAUCUAUGCAAUGGGUGGAGGCUCCUAUGGAAAGCUCUUUGAGUCUGUUGAGUGUUACGACCCCAGGACUCAACAGUGGACGGCCAUCUGUCCUCUGAAAGAGAGAAGGUUCGGGGCAGUGGCCUGUGGAGUUGCCUCUGAGCUUUAUGUGUUUGGUGGGGUCAGGAGUCGUGAUGACAGCCAAGCCAGCGAGAUGGUGACGUGUAAAUCUGAAUUCUAUCAUGAUGAAUUUAAAAGGUGGAUUUAUCUAAAUGACCAGAAUCUAUGUAUCCCAACUAGCUCUUCUUUUGUGUAUGGAGCUGUGCCUAUUGGAGCCAGCAUUUACGUGAUUGGAGAUCUUGAUACAGGUACGAAUUACGACUACGUUAGAGAAUUUAAGAGAAGCACGGGGACGUGGCAGCGCACCAAGCCGCUGUUCCCGUCGGACCUCCGCCGUACUGGCUGUGCAGCCUUGCGGAUUGCAAACUGCAAGCUCUUUCGACUGCAGCUCCAGCAGGGGUUAUUCCGCAUCCGCGUACCUUCCCCGUGAUCCGCGUGCUGACACUGGAGGAGACUGGAAGAGUUCUGCGCAGUCCACCAUAUGUAGCUCUAUAUAAAGGAAAAGCUGAGAAAUUACAACUGAAACUUACACUGUAUGCUGUGCUUUGGUAUGGUAACUGUUUUUGUUUUAAAUGCUUAAAAAGCUUGAGUCUCAGUUCUUGUUUUGGGAACAAAUAACUUACGUAAACAUUAAAAAGAAGAGGGGGAAAACGAGGGGGGAUCGAGGAAACACCUUCAGUCGUAACCAUUUGGACUUUACAGUGUGUUAUUGAAGGAGAUCUGCUGUGUCUGGAACUGGUGGGAACUGGUAUUCCUUUGGUGAAGUUUAUUGGAAAGCGAGGAGGAUUUAAGGUGCGUUUCCCUUGGGGGGGAACCGAUAAGAAUAAAUGCGCUAUCUUGGACCGGAUAGCUCUAAUAUGCAGAAGCUAUAUGAAAACCAACCUCCCUGGUGUGCUGCAGAGACUGCUGCUUGACUGUGAUGCCGCAGGAGGCGUUGGUUGUUGCACCUUUCACUUCUAGUCCUUCCUUAAAGCUAAGGUCUGUGCCUAAAAAUGGUGGUGGUGUGUACAUAUGUUUUUCAUUCAUUUGCAAUGUUUUCAUUCCUAAAAAUAUUUUUAAUAUAUUUAAAAUGGACUAAUCUAAAAUGGAUGCAGUAUACUACAGAGAAGUAAACUGUGGUUUUUUUUUAUGCUGGCAUUUGGAUAGCCUGAUGAACUGGUAUAUAGGUGGGCGGCAUGUGUUUCUGCAUGGGGUUUUGGAGGCCGUUCCCUUGCAAUAAGAGGAAAUGGUUUUUGGAACGGUUUGUGAUGAGUGCUGCUCUUGGUAAAAGACAACAAAACUUGAGAAGUUAAAGAGAAUAGGCUGUGUUCCUUCUUACUUCAAGGCGCUUGAGAACUAGGAGGAUGUUGGGUUUUUUGUUUGUUUUUAAGACUGAGGAUUAUAGAAACACUUUAUCUCUGGAGCAAAAGUGAAAUAUGAGAAGAAAACAUUUGUUUCACAGAAAUCAGACUUUGGGAUUAUCGCUUGCAGGAGAUUCAUAUGGCUAUUUUAAAUUGGGAUCAAGAGUUGGUUUGCUAAUGAUUUCCAUGCUAGGGCACAGAGUCUUGUUCACUGCUGCUUGACUUUGGAAGCUGGGCUUUAUGGUGUGGUUAUAGUGAGGAAUUCAGUAUCUUGCAUUUUAUUUCCUAUUGAGUUGUGUUCAUGUCAGUAGCAAUGUUCGACUGACUUCUGUUCUUGGUAAAGGUGGGCUGGUAGGACACUUUACCUCACUUCUUGAAGUCACUGUUGUUUGUGAUGGGUGGGAUGUAACCUAUGGUUAUUUUAAAAGUUAUCUAAAAGGAAUAAAAUGAGAGAGGUAGAAAUAGAAAUGAGGCCUCCUGCCCUUCAAAAAAAAGAGAUUUUGUAUAACCAGUAUUAUAACUAAGUACAGUACUUCUCACGCUGCAACUUCAUGGACCUCAGACAAGCCAAUCUCUGCCCUCGGUUGUGUUAGCAGCCACCUUCGUCACUGUCACUGAAUCUUCUUAGAUCUGCUGAAAUACAAUCCUGAACUCAGACAGGAGUUAUAUUCAACAAAAUAUUCCUUGAAGAGGCGUUCUGAAACUUGCUUUUGCUCAGUCCUUCCAUAGUGCUGAUGUGUAGUGGGAAUUACUCCGAUUCUGAGAAAAAGAGUGGGGGGGGAAAAAAAGGCAAAAAAGGCAACAAAAGAGGGCAGCAGUCAAUCUGUUGGCCAUUAUUUAUUUAUUUUUGUUUUUUACAAUGCUGAAGUGCUGCAAAACUUGAACUAUAGACAUCAAUUUUCUGACCUCUAUUAGUUGGCAUACUGAAAAGUUUAUAUAUUUAUGCAUUGCGGUGAACUUGAUAUGUGUGUAUAUAUAUAUAUGUCUUUAGGUUAUAAAUUUAUAUAUAGUGCUUUACUACAGAAAUGUGAACCACUAUUUCCAUCUUCAGCCAUCUUGUGAAAUGAAUCAAGUGCUGUUGGCUUAUCUAUAAAACCUCCCCUUUUCAAGAAUUUCAUGUUAAUUUUGUUUCUUAGACAAAGUGCUGAGAUCCUGUAUUCAAAAGUGAUGAGAUUGAAUGCUUCUAAGGAUCUGAACUUAGUUUUCUAAGUGCUUAGAAAACUCUCAGAAACCAUAUGUAGACUGUUGCAGGCUGCUAUCUCCUGAGUCCCUGUAGCUCCCCAGUACACUUGAAGGCAUUUGGUGUCCAGAAGGCCUAAGUAGUAAAUGCACAUAGUAAAUCCAAAUCAUAUAUACAUUAGCAGUGUUUUGCAGUUAAAGUUCCUGAACGAAUGUUUACAGUUAAAGUAGGACUAACAGUAGGUAUUCUUUUUUUUUUUUUUAAGGGUAAAUAAAGCAAACAGUUCUGCUCUAACUGAAUUGUAUUGCAAAUGUGCUCAGUUAGAUUUGACCAAGAAGCUUAAAUCUCUUCACCUGAAGCAGUUAACAACUUUAUUUCCUAGCAUGUGGCUGGAGGUCAGGGACCAACCCUCUGCCAACUCCUGCACCUUGAGUUUCAGGUACGUACUCAAGGCAAAAAUGUAGGUGCUCCUGAGAUCUCAAAACUGUCUUUGGCCUUGCCUGAAGAUGUUUGCACUGUGGUUUUGUGUUACGUUACUGAGCAGCUCCUGGAGAGCUGCUGGGCGCAGGGUUUGGCACAUAGGAAGGUGGGAGGUGUCAGUUGGGGUCUGUCUGCGUGCUCAAUGAUCAGUGCCUCUCUGGGAAUGUGAAAUUCCACCCCAGGCUGGAGCUGGGCCUGGAAGACAAGGCCCUGCUUUCCCAAAGAGAGCUCUGCUGUACUGCUGAUGGUGUGCGAGAUGGAUGGUUGGUCUUGGUGCAUGGUGGAAGAGACGGUUGGCUUGAUAGGGAGGAUUUGGUUCCAGAGGUACUGAGUGGAAGGCACUGACCAUCUUCCUGAGCCCUAGGGUUGAACUGGAUUCACUGGUAGGUGCUGCCACCCAGCUCCCUGUGCUGCCCUGGCACCUGCCUCCCGUGCACGGGAUGGCCAAACCAUGCCUGAAGCAGCUCCUGCAUUUUCUCAGAUUGCAAUCCAGGAGUUCUCAAAUGAUUUGGCAGUUUAGUAACUAUUUAAGUUGUCCUUGCUUGGCAUGGUGCUCUUGAUAGCCAGUCUAGCUCAAUUCCUUCCAGCUUGAAUCGGCCUUCACAAAUCCAGCCAGUUCCCCCACAGGUAACUUGUUGAGCCAUCCUUUCAGUGAGCUGCCUGUGCCCUGUGUUGCUUUCCGGGGAUCAGAGCAGCAGGCAGCUGUCGUGUCCAGGUUCUUGGGGCCAGGAUUUGCGUCCCAGAAGUGCCACUGACACAUCAGUGUCUGGUGCUCAUCAGAAAGCCACCAGUUAAUGGAGUGGAGGCUGUGGAAGAUGGGAAUCAUGGUGAUGUUUUUUUUUUCCCCCUCACUCCAACUCCUACCACCGUUUCCCCCCCCGUGGAGUCCUGUGUGGACUGCUCUCCAGGGGGGCCAGCCCUGGGGUUCCAACUCCCAUCCUCUUCCUAAGCUGAAAAAGGGACAUCCCGUGCAGGGCCUCGUGUUCAGUGGUACUGCAGCAAGGUCUGCACGUCUUUAGAUAAUUCAUCAGCUAUUCCUCAAGUUCUCAUUUUUGUGGAAGUGCUGCAUCAACAAGACUAUUCGGGUCAAGUGGCUUUCGGUAGCUUUGACAGUGCCUCGUCUUUAAAUUAAACUCAAAUUAACGUGAGAUUACACGAUAGGCAAACUUACCAAGCCAGCUCAAUGGUGAGUGCAGGCAGGCUUGCAUCUCUUUUGUGUUUGACAGCACAAGAUUGCGUGUCACAGCGUCUGCCUUCUGAGUCAGACUUCUUGCCGAAGGUACAAGUGUUUCCAUCAGAGCUCCCAAGUGCCUGGCUUUCUUACCAACUCUCCUUCCAGAGAACAUCAGGCAGCUUAAUUAAUUUUUUUCGUGCAGUAUUUUUUGUGCCUGCAUGACUUGAGAAAUGCAGAAGAACAAAAAGCAAGGGGUUUAGGGAGUGUUUUCCCUGCUUUGGCUGCAGCGUCUCUGGUGAGCUCAGUAACUGCAGUGUCUGUACUGCCUGCCUGGGUUUUGGUGAUGCACAUUUGCCAUGCCAAGCGCAGGAUGCAAUAACAAACAGUAGUUGUUAUAAGUGCCAAUCUUCUGUUUCCUCUGUAUAUAGCAGUAAUUCAACUCUUCUGUUAUAUAUGGAGGUGCUGAAAACUCACUGUGCUCCACAAAAGAGUAGCGAUUCUUUGUUUUUUUUUGUUUGUUCAAUGAAUGUUACUCAAAACACUGUAAAUCUUUAUUUUUUUUAAUACUGUUCUUCGGUUUUGUGUUACUCCUCACAGCUGCCUUCAGCCAUCACUCCGUGUGGUGCACGCGGACACUGCUCUCUAUUAGAGCUCUGGUGCCAUGCAAGCGUAUAAGAAAUGGCAGCUGACAAUAGGUGAUAAUAUUUAAAAUUACGAAUACUUGGAUUAAGUACAAUUCAGUUGAAUUAAGGUUAUCUGCAGGAGGAAGGUUGUCUCUGAGGCGAUGUGGAUAUGGCCAAGGACACAACACGGCCGUACUUAAGAUUUUAACUAAGGAGUGAUUUUUUUGCUGCUCAGUGAUGCUUUCAAAGGACUUUUAUUUGGUGUAGGGUAUGGAUCCUUCCUGUAAUAAGCAUCAGGGUUUUGGGGUUUGUGUUCUCUUUACUCCUUGGAGUAAUUAAACAGCUUUUUCAGAGCAUGAUGUUAAUUAUGUGCGUACUUUUUUGAGGCAGAGGCUACUUAUUCUGUGUUCACUUGGAGUACUUUCCUGUUGAGGACUGAGCUGGGCUGUGCUGCAGUCACUGGUACUGUAGCCUUUUGAUACUUGCCAUCUGCUGUUCUGGUUUGGAGCUGGGCCACGUGGGUCUGCUUUUCUGUGGCGCAUUGCUUUGGGGAGAAAAGGAAGGAGAGUUGUGUGAAGGUGGAGAAGCUGGGCCAAUAGAGCUGACUGGGAGAUAUCAGUGUAAAGCCAGUAAGACGUGGGUGAAGCACUGCUGUGAAGAUGACAUCUAUGUGCUCUGAAUGUUACUGAUAGGUCAUCUUGUGGUUUGGUUCUCUCUCUUUUAUGUUCAUAUUCCAAUGGGAGGGAUUGCAACCAGGCUUUAAAGCAGCAACUCCAGUCAGCUUUGUCCUGUGGGACGCUGCAGCCUGACUGUUGCUGUGCUCCAGUAACCGGUUCUCUGGAUUCCUCAUUAGCAGGUAACCUGAAACAAUGCAUUAAAACCAUUCUAAGUGCCUAAUGAAUUAGAUGAACAUCUGCUAGAAGGUAUUAAUGGUAAUGGGGGGCAUUAAACAAUAACCUGCUACCAACAGCCGAUUAUGCUGUAGUGAUACAGGAUCUUAAAAGAUAUUUUGGAAUAGCUUAUCCUGGGUAGCUGCUCAGUCGUUGCAGAAAUCAUCAUCUGUGUGUCAGACUUGUUUAGGAGAAGCGUUUGAAGGUUAUUGGAAAUAAUGUCUUGGAAAAUGAGCUGGAAGACUGGAGCUUCUCAGUGCAGGCAGUUAAACCUCGCUGCCCACUAUUUGUGCAGGGUUUGCUGUGGCUGAUGCACAGCUGCCCCAGCACAUCAGUCAAUGAGCGCGCUCAAUGCAUUGCCUACCUGUGCCCUUGAAUUUUUGUAAUGAAAUGGGACUGUACUGAACGCCUGUAAAAGCGGAUGGAUUUGAUUACAGUGAUAGGAUAGACAGAAGCAUCCCUGCUGUAAGUAACAUCUACUAUGUUACUGAUAAAACACAAAUAUGUAACUUUCAAUGCUCGGUGCUUCUGAAUCACCACGCAUUGCCCUUGGUUUUUCUUUGCCUUUCUUUCUCCUUGUCUUUUCAAUUGAUGCAGAGAUGUCCUCUGGUUUUGUCAUGGCGACUUUCUUCUAUCUGUGCUCCUAUCCCAGACACAACCUGAGGGAUGUCGUGAAGGUGGGCUGUUCUGUGGGCUGCCUUUACAGGCAUCAUUCCUGCCUCUCUGACUUGUGUCAGUGUGCUGCCCCCUGCGUGCAUUUCAGAACAGGAAACAAAAACACUGUGGAACAAAAUUGCACUUGAUUAAAAGGCAAGAGCCGCUUUGGGAAGCCUAUGUUUUAGCAUGGGAUAGGCAGUAUGUUGUAAAGACUUAACACUGUGACUCUUCUUGAAUUUCUCAGCCUAAUGAUCUCACGUGCUACAGCUUCAGCCUGGCAGCAAUUAAUUCAAUUAAUUUGUGUAUGAAAGUGGGAAAGCAUUAUCACCUGUCAUGUGUUUCACCAUUUCUUAAAAGCACAGUCUGUUUCCAUCUUGGAAUAAGCGAAAUGGUGCACCAGAGGGUAUGGCAAGGUUGUGUUGAACGGAUGUUCCCUGAAGCUAUGUGGACGUUCUGUUCUGAUAGGAAGCUGAAGGGUAGCCCCACAAGUGGUGCUUUCUCAAACUCUUUGAGAACUGGUCUUAAAUUACCCCAAAAUCACUCUCCAGGAUUGCUCGCAGUGGCUGAGAUCUGUUCUAGCUUUUGUUUGCGUGGGCCAACAGCUGCUAACCUAAUUUUGAGUGUUUCUCCCCCUCUCUGGCUUCCCAAACCUGAUGUUUUGCUUCUCGCAAUUGAAGCUUUCUGUCUUUAAAGGUUGGAGGUGACAUUUUGCAGUUUCUGAUAUCCUGUCAGUACCUCAGGUUAGUGGAUUCAAACAGCGAGCUGUGUUCUUGUGGACAUCCAGGGGUAGUGUUAAUGCUGCCUGGUAGGCGGUGAGGAAAAUGGUGAUGCCCAUUGCUGCCUCUGUUGUUGGGAAGCAGGGCUGGGCUGUGGCAGCCCUGGUGCCUGAGAGGCUGUCUGAGAGUCAGCCCAGCCAAAGCCUUGACCCAAAACACAUGGCUUCCUGUGCGUGCCCUGCAGCGCAGUACUGCUCUCUGGCCUUGGUUGUUUUGUCUUUUGGUCUUGCUAGCAUGGCUUUGAUUUCACCCUUGUCCCAGAUUUCCAUCUGAAUCCAGUGCUUUUGCUGAUGAUCACUCAAAUGCUUCUGUUGGUCAGAGAAGGUCCGCACAAACUCAGUGUUGCUGUGCUGCUUUUUGCACGUCUUGGUGUCCUUUGAUGACUGUGCUCAGUGUUUGUGGGGAGAGUGCCAAACAGAGGAUAAAAUGACUUCUCAUCAACUGGUGCUGCCUGCAGGUUAAACAUCACCUGAGCUGCUGUGAGCAAUCCCUGCUGUGGAACACGUGGAACACGUGCAUCACACCCUGCCUGCUCUGUUCUUUCGGGCUGACUUUUGCCUUUGGUCCAUGGGGGGAAGCCCCUGUUCCCAGCUACCUCAUUUUUUUUCCCUGCACUUUGUCAUAUCCUUUUUUUUUCUUACAUUGCGUUUUGUCCUUCAGUGAAAACCUGGAACCAAACAUGAAGCAGGGCAGAGUGAUGCCGUUGUCCAAGGACAGUUUACUUUAAUUUCAUUUUAAAUGCAUGCUUCUGUAACGAAAAGACCAAGGUUGACCUGCAGCUGCUGUAAAAGUAAAUAAAAAUUAUAUGACUUGAAAGUAAGUAUUAUACUUGUAAAUGAGAGAAGCAACUGAAAGACUGACCCGGUGGUUUUUAUAAAGAGAAAACACAAAAAUAGAGAUGUCAGCUUUUUUUAAAGACGGGUUUUUGCUCUGCCUCAGUUCUGUGCUGGUUUGCCUCUCAGCUGGAGCCUCUAUUUCCUAUCGGAGAUUCACGCAUCGUUCUCUAAUGUCACAUGUGGGCUUACGUGGAGUUUCCCAUUUACUGAUCUGCAGAGAACUGCCCAAAUGAACGCUGAGCUGCCAUACCCCAUAUUGUAUUUUUGUCCGUUUCUUUGGGACCUUCAAGUAUGCAGGUUUUUGCUUAGCUUGAAGAAUUUUCAGGGAAAAAAAAGCUUUCCCAGCCCCCCUUUUUGCCUCUGUUUUGACACAUUUUUGAAUUCGUUAUGCUGUGCUCCAUAGAGCAACAAUGUAAGCUGAUUUCAGCUUUUGUUUGUGCUAUCAUUUUUUGUGUGUAUUCAGUACUUUCUUAACAAAUCUGUUUUCAUAAAGACAGCUUCCUAACUGUAAAAAGGCCUUAUUAAUACAAGAUUUAAUGGUAAAGUGCUGCCUUCCUUUUCUUUUCUUUCUGUCAAGGCAGAAGGAAGAAAUGCUUCCCAGGAACUCUUCCUGUAAGAACGUUACGUGGCAGCUCAUCCUAACACUGAGUUGAAUGUACCAAGUAUUGUACUGGGCACACACAAAUAGGCUAAAAGAAGGGGCUGUUUGUGCCUCUGACGACUGUACCAAUUAGAAGGCUCUGGAAUUAGCAGCUGUUGGCAUUGUGGUGGCUGUUCAGUAAAUUACAGAAUCACCAAGGUUAGAAAAGACCUUCAAGAUGACCCAGACCAACCAACCACCAAUAUUUCCCCACUAACCCAUGUCUCUUAGUAGCACAUCUGAACGUUUCUUGGACACAAGUAUGAUUUUUUUGGGCUGGAUCCCAGGACCUGGCUGCGUGCUGCUCUGUUUGGGGCACGCUGACUCAUGUAGCCGUGGGUGUUUGGGCCAGGCCUGAGUGUCAGGGUUUGGAUGUGAACCCUGCAGGCUGGAUGGGGUGUCCACGCUCCCCCCGUGUCACGGGAAGAUGUAAAGGCUUUUGGGGCUGUGUGUUAGCAGAGACCCAAUGAGUUGUCUGAGUGUACUGAAAUCUGAAAGCUUGGGGGCUCUGGAACCAUUUCUGCAGGGUGGAUAAGUACAGAUGUCAAUAGCCCAGGAACGCCUGGCUCCCUGGUUUUUUUUUUCCUUUUUUUUUUAAUUAAGUAAACAGAAAUGUGUAAUUGCUUCCCUCUUUGUAUUCUUAGCAUUUAAUGGCCUGAAGCAGGAGCCUUGAUGGUUUGAGAUGUUUCUUUUGAAGGCAAAAUUAAAACAAAGUAGCAUUAUUCAGAUUAGUGCUCUGCCUUCAGUGUUUUGCCUCUGUCGGUCGCUUUGAGUAGCAGGAACCCUGCAGGACUGGGCUAACAAAUUAAAAUACGCAGGUGAAUGCUGACUAAUGUAUUUAGUACAGUUUUGUAGUGUAAGAAUAGUUUUAUUCUAGCAUAGGAGAAUGAAAUAACCGUCUUGAUUAACAACUAAUGAUAGCUGUAUCCCAUGGGUCAGGCAAUAGGAGGAUGCUGGGAUGUAAUGCCGUUCCAAGCACGUUGCUGCUGCUCGUAGAGGCUCAGCCUGCUGUCAGAUCUGAGAUAUCAGCGACUCUCGGGCUCUUGUCAGAGUUUACACUCGCCUUUUCUACAAAAAUGUCAGUGUGUUGUGGUAGAAACUCUCCCUUUUGUUGUUUGCCAUUGCUGGCGUGCAGCGGGACGGCUCGGUUUAUCGCCAUCAUCCAGCUGUCACACUUUGACUUCUGUACAAUAGAUGCUUACUAUUACAGGCUUUCUAUAUGCAUGUUUUCUGUGUGUCUUUCUGUCCUGUGUGGGAACUGAGCUUUUGCUUUUGUUUUUCUUUUUACGUGCCUAUCCCCAAAUCUUUGUGUUACCUCAAGAACGAACCCAUUAAUGAGGGCCAGGCCUUGGGAUGCUCUGACCUGAGCAUGUAGUGUCUCUUCUGCAAAAAAGUGGGGAAAAAUGAGAAGUGCUCUUUGGCUUCAGUCAAACUAUGCAACAUAGAGCACCAGAGAGCAGGAUUCCUUAUGGUACAGAAGAAGCACGGCUCUUGUGUCCUUCCUAAUCCAGUCCUUGGUCCAAGGUUAGAAGAGCUUGUACUAAAUGGCUGCCCAAGAAUCCUUUGUCACAGUCAACUACGUUCACUGGUUUUCCUCCUCCCCUGCCUCUCUCUGUCUGGUUUGUUGGAUGUUCUGUGUCUGAACGAUGUGGUGUCAAAGUGUACCCCCUGUCAGUCUCGUGUUGUUGGCAGUUAGAGCUUGUCUUGUAAGUCCACCAGUGCAGCUUACCCCUGGGUCAGCUCGGCCACUUCACAAUGUCUGCACCUCUUUGCUGUAGGAUUUUUGGUGUGCUGUACCCCUCCAGGUAGGUCUGACUUGCUCAUGUCCCCACGUUGUCCUGUUGUGGCUCUGGUGCUUAUAGUGACAAAUACCUGUCGUGUCUCAAAUCCACUUUAAGUUUUUGUUUCCACUGCUUGUGCAUGCGUGCGUGCAUUUGAUUUUGCUGCUUCCAUCACCGUUCAGGGAUAAAUGCCCACAUGGUCAGGACUGCUGAAAAUUCUUUGUUCUCCCAUUGCAUCCAUUUUCCAGUGAAGAUUGUUCCUUGUGUUCCUCUUCUUGCCCCUGUGAAAUCAGUAUGCUGUUCCCCCAGUUCUGCCUCCCAUGAGUCACUCCUCUCUCGGUUGGUUCUGUCUUCCCACCUCUACACUCCCCCUUCUGAGUAGUUCACUUACACUUGUCGUUUACUCACCCCGCAGUGUACCUCGUACCACUUCUUCCUAACUCCACUUACUGUUUUGUCUCUCUUUGAUUCAGGUUAACCUUUAUUUCUUUCCCUAAUUUCCAUCUCUUCCAUAACAUGGGAGAGAAACGGCAAAUCUCCCUUCAGGCAUCUGUGUAUGUUCCCUCCCCGGCACAUAUGGUGUGAGGGGGCCGGACUUCUCCAUCCCUGACCCCGGGCUCUCCAUAGCACUAGGGAGUACCAAGUCUGAAGGUGGUGUUUUAUUUCUUUGGGUAACUGAGAAUACGUGGAGAUUUUCUUCUUCGGAAGUAGCCAAUGCCAUGAGCAGUUGGUCUGCGAGAAGUCUGUUAUGCUUCCAUACUCAGUAUUCUUAAUUGAGAAACAAAUUAUUUAUUUUGGGGAAAAAAAAAAAUGUAAAUUUUUUUGUAUUUGUAUGUCAAAGUGGCCUUUAUAGGAAAAGCACAUAAAAUAUUUAGAUUAAAAUUGCUUAGUUGUGUAAUUUUAGUGGGGAUUUUUAUAUUGACAGGGUUUCUAUGCAUUUUUCAAAAUCUAUUUGCUGUUCUGUGUUAAAAUUAUUGGAAAUAUUUUUAAAACGUGUAUUACCACAUUUUCCAUGGUUGAUUCCUUCGCAGCCAUUCCUUUUGAAUACUGCAGAAAUCUUAAUUAACCCUGUAAAUUAAUUUUUGCCCCAUAACUAUUUGCAUUAAGUCAAUGUAAGGAGUUACAGCAUGAGUAUGUAGCUGUAAGGGAACGAUCCCAGUAAUGUAGCUUAAUUAUGGAGAGACUUAUUUGAGAAGGGCAGUACGCAGUGUUUCAAUUGCACUUAAAAGACCAAGUUAGCAAAUCGAGUUCUUGCUGUACCUCACUCAUUCUUUUUUCAUCGUUAUUAUUUUUCCAUCCUAUAGUGUUUACACAGGCGUUAUUAAAUAUGUGCUAUUUUAUGCAGUAUGCAAUUCUCCUUCAUUUUGUUGGGAUAAAACUGAUGUUAAUAGAUAGGACUGAGUUCUGAAUGUGUAUGUACCUGAUGGAUGUGGUGUGAGCUCGGGGGAGGGAGGAGACAAAAGUAGAUCCAUCAGUAUGUUUGUUCCAUUUAACCACGUACACAUUUUCAUUGAAAUAAUUAAACUCACAGUGGAAUUGUAAGUAAUGUUAGUGUAUUAAUGUGGGGGGAGGGUGGGGGGCAGACGAGGGGCUUGUGGGUCUGUGGGCAAAAAUACCUGCUGAGUUGCACUAUGGCGUUUGUGCAAUUGCCUUGGCUGCCUAUGCAAAUCUAGCCUGAGUUGGGUACAUCAGACCCUCCCGUUAGCGCUCUGAUUUUACUUCGUUUUCUCGAGGUGUGAUUGUAAGGCUUGCUAAGUAGAAACUUCCCGGGAGUGUUUGUCAUCUGACGCCUCCAUUCUGUCAUUCUCAAUACGCGUUUUGAUUUUUGCUCAUUUUGGUUUAAUAAGAGAUCCCACAUGGCUCAUGGAUGAGCAUAAGUGCAAGCUUCUGGGCGUAGUUGCAAACAAACACUGCAUGCUACUGUAUAUUUUCAUAAUUGAAAAAAAGAUUGUGCAAUGUUGAUGGCACUUUGACCUGUUGCUGAAACACUGGGUCUUGGAAUGGAACAAACUCAGCAAUCGAAAACACUCUGUGUCUACGUGAGACGUCAUGAAAAUGAAGAAAAAGGCAAUUCCUCAAAUUGUACCCACAGAUAAUUCGGUAUUGAUUUUUUUUUUAAAGAGAUUUAUGAUUUGUUCUUACAAAGCAAAACAAAAAGCCAUGUUUAUUGGUUCGCUUUAGUUGCCAUAAAUUGCCCGUUGCAGAGUCUGGUCCACCUCCACCCAUUUAUUUUCAUGGGGUGGUCGCACACAAAGCUGUAACAGCAAAGCAGAAGGCUGUUUGGUUACACACCUGUAACACGACUUGCAGAAUUGCUGUGUGGCUCAAACACAGACAAAAAGGGACGUGAGAAUUUUCCUGGGUUAAGUAGCACUCGCUUUGUUUACGUGUUCGGUAUAAUGUUGGGUGACUAAAGGGAGGUUCCCUUUUUCAAGUGUUUGAAUUGUGCUUCGGAGACUUAGUGGCCACUGUGCAAAUUGUGCUGUAAUAUCGUACCAAGGAUCAGUGAAAGUGUUUUAUCUUUUUUAAUGUUGUUUGUAUUUGACCGGGUUUUAUAAAUGUAAGAAAACAGAGUGCUGUAUUUUGAUCUGAAAUUUGCGUAUGGUAAAGUAACUUUGCUUUAUGUAUUGGAGGUUUGUUCAGAACUUGAAUUAUUUUAUAGAAGGGUACAGACCAAAAUUAAUUGUCUUAAAGGUGUUUAAUAAACUAACCAAAUAAAACACUGAUGGUUUGAAAACUUG